AUGCCCUCUUUUGUGUUUGGGGUAGACUCGAUAGGAGCAAGUGGGGGUUUAGUUGUGUUAGGUUGGAGUAGUUUAGCUAUCUCUUGUGUUAGUAAGACUCCUAAUUGUGUACACUGUAAAAUUGAGGAGUGCAACGGAAUGAUAUGGAAUGUGUUUUUUGUGUACGAACCGCCGGCCUUUGAAGAUAGAUUAGAGUUUUGGAGCAACUUUCUACUUAAUAUACACCUUUUCUCUAAUUGCCUAUUGUUAGGUGAUUUUAAUCAACUUGAACUACUUGAAGAUAAGUUAGGUGGUACUUUAAUUAUUAGGGGUAGUGAUGAUUUUGCUAACUGGAAGCUACAACACAACCUUUUAGAUGUUCCAUUCUCAGGACCACGCUUUACUUGGACUAACAAAAGGCUAACACAAGGUCUUAUUUUGGAGCGGUUAGAUAGGGGUUAUAUGUCAAAUGAUUGGUUUUUCAACUUCCCGGAGAGUAGGAUUAUAAACCAACCAUUAGUUGCUUCGGAUCACGCAGCUAUUAUUUUUGAUAAUGACGCAAUCUCAAGGAUAGCAAAACGACCAUAUCAAGUGGAGAAUUGGUGUCUUGAUUUUCAUGAUAUCCGCACCAUUAUCAAAGAGGAAUGGAGGAGGCCGAUUACAGAGUCACCUAUGUACUGCCUGACUAGGAAGUUACCAGAUGGCUUGUCCUCCACAAAUAUUACACUAGCUCAGAGGUACCUUAAUCAUGUGGAGGAGGCCAUCACUACUGCUGCUUUAAAUGUGACAUACUGGAAACAAAGGAUGAAGGAAACAUGGGUUGCAACGGGGGAUUUGCCAACAUCCUUACUUUAUUCGAGGGUUAAGAUGCGACAACGGAGGAAUCAAGUGUUGACUCUUAAGGAUGACUCGGGCACAUGGAUUGAGAACCGACAACAGGUUAGGGAUCUGGUGGUUGAUUCAAUGACAAAGAUUUUGUGUCCCCAUCAACGGACAUAUUCUGUUGCGCACACGGAUGCUAUUUUGAGGGAGUUACAUAUUCCAACUAUGACCGACAAACAGGUGGCAGUUCUCACCAAACCCUUAUCCCCAGAUGAGGUCCGAAGAGCAAUGUUUAGCUUAAAUGGAGAUAAAGUCCGGGGCCGGAUGGUUUCACAGCGGCCUUCUUUCAGAAGCAUUGGGAUACAGUGGGAAAUUCAGUUACACUGGUAG